GUUACAUUCCGCACUGGAAGGAGAGACAGGUGCACUGCUUUCCGCUAAUCUCAUACUGUGAAAAUGUCUAACAAUGAGAAUGCCGCCCGCCUCAACCGCUUCAAGAACAAGGGCAAGGACUCCAACGAGAUGAGGAGGCGGCGGGUGGAAGUGAACGUGGAGCUCCGCAAGGCCAAGAAGGACGACCAGCUGCUGAAGAGGAGGAACGUCAGCUCCUUCCCCGAUGAGCCCUUGUCCCCGCUGCAGGAGAAGAACCAGAACGGGCAGACCUCGUCUCAGUGGAGUGUGGAGGAGAUUGUCCGUGGGGUGUCCAGCCCGAGCAUAGAGCUCCAGCUGCAGGCCACACAAGCUGCAAGGAAGCUUCUGUCCAGGGAGCGGGAGCCCCCCAUCGACCGCAUCAUCGAGGCCGGUCUCAUCCCUAAGCUGGUGUCCUUCCUGAGCCACACGGACUGCAGCCCCAUCCAGUUCGAGGCCUCCUGGGCUCUGACCAACAUUGCGUCGGGUAAUUCCGACCAGACCAAAGCUGUGGUGGAUGGCGGGGCGGUGCCGGCCUUCAUCUCCCUGCUGGCAUCUCCUCAUCCUCACAUCAGCGAGCAGGCUGUGUGGGCCCUGGGAAACAUUGCAGGUGACGGCUCUGCUUACAGAGACCUGGUGAUUAAACAUGGCGCCGUGGAGCCCCUGUUGGCACUGCUCGCCAUCCCUGACCUCUCCUCUCUGCCGACUGGUUACCUGCGUAACCUCACCUGGACGUUGUCCAACCUGUGCCGCAACAAGAACCCCGCUCCUCCCUUGGAUGCCGUGCGGCAGAUCCUACCCACCCUGGUCCGUCUCCUCCACCAUGAUGACCGAGAGGUCCUCGCUGACACCUGCUGGGCCAUCUCCUACCUGACAGAUGGUGCCAAUGACCGCAUUGAUGUGGUGGUACAGGUGGGGCUAGUCACCAGGGUGGUGCAACUGCUGGGGUGCAAGGAGCUGACCAUAGUGACCCCUUGCCUUAGGACAGUGGGCAACAUUGUGACAGGCACAGAUGACCAGACUCAGGUGGUCCUAGAAGCCGGUGCCCUCGCUGUCUUUCCCGAGCUCCUCGUCCAUCCCAAGAACAACAUCCAGAAGGAAGCUGCCUGGACCUUGUCUAAUGUGACAGCCGGACGCCAGGAUCAGAUCCAGGAAGUGGUCAACCAUGGGCUCAUUCCCUACCUCAUAGACAUCCUCAGGAAGGGUGACUACAAGACUCAGAAGGAGGCGGUAUGGGCGAUCACUAACUACACCAGCGGUGGCACCAUAGACCAGAUCAUCUGCCUGGUGCAAUCCGGAGUGAUCGAGCCUCUGUGUAACCUGCUCUCCACUAAGGACAGUAAGACGGUGCUGGUCAUCCUGGACGCCUUCACCAACAUCUUUUCUGCGGCAGAGAAGCUGGGUGAGACGGAGAAGCUGUGCCUGAUGGUGGAGGAGUGUGGUGGCCUGGACCGCAUUGAGGCGCUGCAGUCACACGAGAAUGAGCAGGUGUACAAGGCGUCUGCCGCAAUCAUCGAGAAGUACUUUGCUGCAGAGGAGGAUGAAGAGGAGGCCCUGGCCCCUGAAGCCACAGCCGACGGCUACAACUUCCAGCUCCCCAGCGGCACGCACACCACCUUCGACUUCUGAGCACUUUGUCCUGUGACGCCUUCUGUACAUACUGUGAACCUCUGUACAUAGUUUUACUUCUCGUCUGUGCCCCUGGUGUCUGUCCUCUGCCGGUUCUACGGCAACUUCUCUUCCUGUGAAUUUUUAUGUUUUUGCCCCUCGCUCCGUUAUAUUUGAUUAGUGUGGGUGAGGGGCAAUUGGUUCCCAUUACCCUUAAAGGUUCUCCCUUCAGGGGGAAUUGGAGGUUAAUGGGUGGUCCUACUGACAGGGACCCUGACCCCAGGUGCGGAGCUCUAUGGGGUCACUAAACUUUACAAUGUGACUUGUAAUCUGCCAUUAAACGUGAAUAAUAAAACAUUUUGUUAGAAAUGG